AUGCUAAGGGUCGAUGGGAAUGACCGAGUGAAGUGUGCAUCAUACAUGUUGAGGAAAGAUGCUUGUAUCUGGUGGGAGGUGGUGGAACAAACAAAGGAUGUAAAUACCAUGAGCUGGGAUGAUUUCAAAAGGGUCUUUAAUGAGAAAUAUUAUAACACAGCAGUGUUAGCAGCAAAUGUUGAUGAAUUUACUGGAUUAGCCCAAGGGAGCCUUACUGUUACAGAGUAUGCACAAAAAUUUGAUAGACUGGCAAAAUUUGCUCCAGAAUUGGUACCUACUGAUAGAGUGCGAGCACAUCGAUUUGUGGAAGGCCUGAAGCCAAUGAUUGCUCGGGAUGUAGAGAUUGUGUCUAGGGGUCAAUUAAGUUAUGCUCAAGUUGUCGAAAUGGCUCUUACGGCUGAGCAAAGUGAAAACAAAAUUUGGAAGGAAAAUGCUGCUAGGAGGGAAUCUAAGAAAGGUGCAGCCAAUUCUAAUGACCACAAGAAAAGGGGACAAGAUCAGCCCGGACAAUCAAGUCAAGACAAGAGGUACAAAACUGAUAACGACCACCGAUCCAAUGGAAACAAUGGACGCAAUGUUCCAGAAUGUCCUAAAUGUACUAAACAUCAUCUCGGAGAGUGUAGGGCAAAUGCAUGUUACAAAUGCGGAAAAGAAGGUCAUAUUAAACGUAAUUGUCCAUUGUGGGGACAAACUGAGAACAAGGAAGAUUCAAAGGAAGACGAUAAAUACGUUCCAGCGAGGGUCUUCGCUAUAAAAGAAGCAGGACAGAGUGAUGACAAGUGCUGA